GAGCUGUACCAUUUCGGCCAGAAAAUGAUUCGAAACGUAUUCCUGCUGUUAUUGCUGGGAACCGGCACGCUGGCAGCAUCGGAGAACCGUUUGCUUGCGUUUGAGGUAAUGGACCGGUUGCAAGAAGUGUUGCUCCCACUGUACAACCAACUGGAACCAAGCAUGGUAGAGGGCAUCACGGAAGUGAAACGCAAUGUGUCCCAACUUAUCUUUGCGCUCGAGGCAAAAGUGAUCGAACAGAAGGCGAUACACCUACAGCAGGCGGUUGACCAAGAGUUGGUGAUCCAAGAAUACGUCCAGACGCACCACGUCGACGAGGAGUGUGCCCCGCUGGUACAGGAGCUGAUCGACGAUGAUAUGGACAUUGCCGGCUAUGGAUUCAGUAACUGCAUAGUCUCGCGAGUUGCUGAAGAACUGCAGAAGGAAAUCGAUGCCAUGCAUGCGGCCGGAUUGUGGCCCGAGUAUCGUUGGCUCAACACAAGUCUGCUGGGGGUAUUCGAUGGUGGCAACAUCUUUAGUGAACCAGCGAUGCUGCUCACUCGACUCGGCGAGAAACAGGCUUCCUUGGAGGAGGAUUCGUUGCUCGACUUCCUGCCCGAUUUGGUGGAGAACAUGGAGAUCCUGGAGGAGCGGUUGAGCAGCAUUGAAACGGCAUACGUGCAGUGUUUGCAGAUCAAUCUUCUCACACUCAACAUGGCAUUUGAGAUUAUCAAGCUGCAAAUCACGCAGGUUUGCUACUGA